AUGAGUCGGCUGUGUGGUUUUGUUGUCGAGAGCAACCGCGUGCGCCGACUGGACCGCGACGAGCUGGACCAGCUAGAUCUUGACACUGAGGCAGCGCCCUUUAUCGAUCGCGACAGUGGCACCCACGCCCAGCACGGCGUGCUGCUGGGUGCUAAGUACCCCCUGCAGGAUUGGGCUGAGGUGCCCGAGAACCAGUACCACUCACCGCUGACCAUUGCCGACGCCGCCAACCCGUUGUUCGCCGACUUCCAGCAUCACUGUAUGAAUGUGUUCGCUAUUCACGACGACCUGUCCUAUUUUGACGAAGCGAGAAACGCCUGGCGCACCCUAGAUGACGCUACCGUCUCGUAUCUUGUCGUCGGUUUCCACGCCGAGUCACAGUAUGACCCGUUGGCAGCCAGCAAGGCGGCUUCCAACCGGGCCUUGCUAGACAGCCACCGAAUGACGCUAUCUCAGCUCGCUGUUGUAGACGCCUCGAAUAUCCCGGAAAACCCUUGGCUUGACGAGGCGCCGGCAAAGAAGCAUCGCGUGCGCUCGCUAUGCCACGGCAUCGUCGCGCCGCUGCGCUGGUCAAAAAGCGAGCCACCUGGGCGUGUUCCGGCGGACGAGGCCGCACAGCACUUUACCCGCCAACAGCCCAUCGCCAUCGGGACGGACCUGAUAGAUGCCUUGACAGCCUCGGUCACCGCGCCGGCGGAUGCUUCAACGGCAGACCCGGCGCAAGCGGAGGCCUUUAAGCACCUCGAGACGCUAGCAACGGACCCCGGGGAUGAUGGCCAGGAGACAAGUGCCGCGGCGCAGACGCGCUCUAACCAAUUUAAACCGGCACCCGGCGGUCAUAUCUGGACAUGGAAGAAGCCUGCGGAUGAAGUCAAAGAUGAGGCACCCGAAGCUGAAACUCCAGCCACCCCAGACGAGUCAAUGGGAGUUCAAACCCCUGGGUCUGAAGGUGUGAUGUCGCGUGUUGCCUCAGGAGCUGCCGCCCCGGAAGAACAACCCCUGGCAACUACUCCUACUACAGCAUCAACAGCUCCUGCAGGUUCUCCGGCCUCAUCCGCUAAAACCGCUAAAGCUCCUACCAGUCCGGAUACCAACACGAAGCUAAAGCUACGCCAGCUCAACGCCAUCCAGGCUUUGUACGAUAGCGCCCUACGGCACUCGGCACUGCUACAACACCAGCUCUUCUGCGAAUGGUGGAAGGCGCGUGCUGCCGGCUAUGGCGACCCCGGCGAGGACGAUCCUGAUAGUGCCCCUGAUGAUGGCUUCGAUAGUAUGCAGCGCUGGUAUGCGGCCAACCUGUCUGCGACGCGCAGCCGUGUCCGUGAUAUCCUCACGAAGAUAUUUAUAUUGCGGCACCGUGGCGACCCGGCGGACGCAGACCAUGAUGGCCUGGUGCACGGGCUUGCGUACCAGCUUGCAGAGCCAAAUUUGGCUACAGCGCAUAAGAUGCCGUGCGGACGCUUUUUCAGCGCCCGGGAUCCCACUGUGUUAUUGCGGGGGCUGGAAUCGAGCUGGCCAGAGGACUUUACCAAGGAUACUAUGGAAGUACAGCUCAACACGCAACUCAUACAGUCAAUGGCUAAGACAGCCGCCACGACUAAAGAGGACGAUGACGACGAUGACGACUGGCCGGCUUUUAGAUCGCAGUUGACCAGCCUGCCGCAGUGGGUGUACGCCUGUGUUGAAGACCUACAGCGAGGCAACUGGCAGCGGCGACAGCUGCAGUGGCAGCCUGCUACCAGCGAGCAGGCAUGGUUUCCUCUAUUCAUCGAAUGGGAGGCCGACUACUUCCAUAUUCCUUACCAUCACUGGGCUCUUAAGGAAACCGCCAACGGCACUGUUCGUUACGCUAUCCGGGGCGACGUUGAUCUAACCGACGCCGCCUCGGGGGUGGCUAUACGCUCAACGCGUCGCGGGCUCAGUGGUCGUAGCAACAUCCUGCCGGAGGGCCCACGCGCGCUGACGACGCUGGUCAAUCAGGUCUUCCAGCGCGCACACCCGGACACACUAGCGCUAGAAGAAGAGGGGCGGAACGCAGUCCGUACCGCCGUGGCCGCCAUGACGGACCUGCUCUCCUCCGAGCUAGAGGGUAUCACCGACCACCUGCUGACUCUUGUGCGCGGUACACACUCCACACCCGCGGCCAUUGACUCGACCGCGGUCUCCCGCUGGCUGGGAUUGCUCUUCCCUCAGCUGGCCCCCGAAGACCACGCCGUAGUGCUGGGGUUCCUGGCUACAGGUACAGGCGCAGACGUGACGCCGUACACAGCUCUGCUACCCGUGCAGGGAGUGGGCAUGGCGCAAGGGCAUGCCGCAUCGGGCCUCUUUCGACCUGUUACGCACGGCCAAGUGCGCUUCACGAAGUUCAAUAUUGUCGACAAGUUUGGCCAGGUCGUGUGUGCCUUUGACCCGCGGCCGGGCCAGCCCCUACGCCCGCUCUACCCGAGCGUCAGCGAGGAUCUCGCCUGCCAGCGUAACGCUAUGCUACCGGGCCGUUUCUUCGCCAAUGCCGCCGAGGCUGAACCCGAAGGGCGCUGUCAGUUCUUCCAGUUAGGCCCACGCAUCAACCAGGAUGCGCGCUUCAAUGCGGCUUUUGUCGUGCGCGAGGAGACGUCCACGGUGCGCGCCUGGCGUCCACUGACUGCCUGGGAGAACCCUAUUUGGGGCUGGCUAGUUUGUAACUUCCAAGAUGAUAGCCUGCAGGUUUUCGAGGGUGACGGCACCCUGGCCGGCGAAAUCCUUGUCGGCGCCAGCCCCAAGGGUCGCUGGUUGCAUCCUCAGCUAGGGGGAGCGAGCCACAUCACUCCCACCGUGCGCAAUCAAGACCUAGCGGCCCUGAUGGAGCGCCUGGCCGGGUCAAGUGCCUUUCUGCACCAGGUCUGGGACAUGGUUGUCGAGGCCAACGAGAGCAUUCACCACGCGCCCGACACGCUGGCGGACUUUCUCCCCGCGCUAGUCGGGCGCCCGCUGGCGCUGGUCUCAAUGGGCUGGUCCUUGGAGCUGGCCACGGCGCCGAUGCGCGACCAGACGGACACCGGCGGGCCUACAGAUGAUCUUCUGGGGUACGCCUUCGAGCUCAAGCUAGGUGACAGGCGCAGUAUGCACGAUGGUCUAGUUGCGUACAUCCCAGAGGAUGUUAACCUGACCACCGAGGGGUCUAAUUUUGCCUUCGACCGCGUCUACACCCGGUAUGGUCUUGACAUAGAGCCUCGCCAAGGCCGGCGAGCCCGUGAAGACGGUGGCGAGCCCGGAUCAAUGCCCCCGGGCAGCCAGGUCGUGCCGGCAAAAAUGCUCUCCUUCCAACCAUACUGGAUUGAUCCGACAGACUACCGUAUGGACCAGGCAGAUCAGUUCAUGGCGGCGCAUAACCGCAAGCUACAGGUCUUUGCAGCGCUCAUUGAUCCCUCCCAGAGCGUGCACGGCUUCUCCGGUAUCUUACCCACAACGACACUCACCGUGCCUCCCGCGGCUUUGCAGGACGCCCUGAAGCAGAUUGGGACGUUCCUCCGUGUUGGGCCGUUGCUGAUCCCUGGGGAACUGCCUGUCACGCCCGCUGCCGCAGUAGAUUCGACGGUCACACCGUCUGCUGCUGUCCUCCCCCUUGACGCCCCUGCCGAGGGAUCGUGGACUUGGAUGCAGCCGCUCAAGUCGGAGAAUUCAGGUAGCCGCCAAUUCUCGCUGACUCCAGCGUCCAAGCUGUUUGCAGUGCCGGAUGGGCCGCAGACAGUGGUAGAGGGGUAUCUGAAGCUGGAUACUGUGAAUAGCCCUGAUCAAUGA